CAACAUUCCAGAACCCUUCCGAACCUUCCUUUCACCGGUCCACCCUCGGAUGUAGACUGGCACAUGUACUUGUACCGCACCAGCUGCCAACGCUGCCACCACGCCCAAAAGGUUGCAUGGCGGCCGUCAUGUGCAAUACCUGCGACGCGACCACUAAUUUCUGAUUGAAUCGAAUCGAAUCCUACAUCUCAUUCAUUACACAGCAACAGCAAACAACCUCUUGCCUUGGAUAGCUGUUGUGCUAUUGUUCCCUCUCGAGUAGUUUUGCCUCUACAGUAGCCAGCAAGAAACUGUCUCUAAUCUUUUCCAUAGACCAACCUUCAGCUACAUUAAUCCGCUCCAAUGACAUUGGUCAAUGUACGGGUGGUGCCCAUCUAUAGCGGCAGCUUGGCUGAGCUGGCCGAUGGUCGAAACAACUGCAAGAUUGUCAGCAAGAGCAAGGACCCAACCGAUAAUGGCGACUUUGUGAGCCCAGACUAUGGGGUUCCCUUUGAAAGCUACUUGAACCUGUAUCAUGGAAUGAAAGUGGACCCGUCCAAGAUUAUCCACUACCAGCAAAUGAAUCCAGAGCAACAAGCAACGUACAGAGAGUUUCUAAAACGAGUUCGCAAGCACGAUUUCGAGGCGGAUGGUGUCGAUACAUCGGGGACGCUUCAGCCGUUUGUGCAACCCGACGACAUGACGUGUCUCAGGUUUCUCCAAGCCGACAAGUACAAUGCUGACAUGGCAUUGGAUCGGCUUGUAAAGUCUCUUAAAUGGUCCCACGAGUUUCAACUCGCCCGUGUCAUAUCCAAUCCACCUCCUAAGUUGCAGACCUAUCGACAAAUUCGGGUGCGGGGGUAUAUGGGACGAACCAGAGACGGAAUGCCCAUUUUUUGCGAACGACUCGGGGGUAUGAUGAAUGGAAUUCAAUCCAAGGAGGGCAGAGCUUUUAAGGAGGAAGAUUGGCUCCACUGCUUCAUCUAUGAUUUGGGGGUGAUCAUGAAAGAGUUUCGACAAAGCUACAUUGAAAACAGUGGUGUGUAUUCCCCCAGCAAGCAUCCAAUAACCUGGAAGGCCAUGUGGAUUAUAGAUGCCGGAGGGAUGAAUCCUUUCAAAGCCAUGAAGUCGACUCACACCUUGAAAAUCCUGGAUGCUCUCACGGAACCAAACUUUCCAGAAAUCGCGGGCCCCGUUGUCCUGAUCAAUGUACAUCCCAUUGUCAUGGGUGUUUGGAGAAUCGUGAGAUCUUUCCUGGAUCCUGUCACGGUGGAGAAGAUCACGCUCGACUCAGGAGUACCGACGGAGUUUUUGCGGAAAAAGAUACCAGAACAUGUCAUCUUUGAAGAAUUUGGAGGUACCAACAAAAGCAAGUCAUUCCCACAGUCCAUCUACGUUUGAUAGUCAUGCAUAAAACCGUUUGUUGCCACAGAAUUUUGAAUAGGAAUAGGUUAUGCGUAUGUGUUCAU